CGCCGGGAGGAAGCCGGGAGCCUCCCCGAUGGUGCCGCCGCCUCCGAGGCGGGGAGGAGCGGCCAGGGGGCGGCUGCGCGGGAGCCUGGGGCCGCUGCUGCUGCUCCUGGCGCUGGGACACACGUGGAGCUUCCGAGAGGAGCCCGAGGACGGCGACAGGGAGCUCUGCUCGGAGAACAAGAUCGCCACGACCAGGUACCCGUGUCUGAAGCCCUCGGGGGAGCUCACCACGUGUUUCAGGAAAAAAUGCUGCAAAGGGUAUAAAUUUGUUCUUGGACAAUGCAUCCCAGAAGAUUACGACGUGUGUGCCGAGGCUCCCUGUGAACAGCAGUGCACAGAUAACUUCGGCCGAGUGCUGUGUACCUGCUACCCCGGGUACCGCUACGACCGGGAGCGACACCGGAGGCGCGAGAAGCCCUACUGCCUGGAUAUCGACGAGUGUGCCACCAGCAACGAGACGCUGUGUGCACACAUGUGCAUCAACACCGUGGGCAGCUACCGCUGUGAAUGCCGGGAGGGUUACAUCCAGGAGGACGAUGGGAGAACGUGCACCAGGGGAGACAAAUACCCCAACGACACCGGGCACGAGGAGAAGUCUGAGAACGCGGUGGAAGCUGGAACCUGCUGUGCCACCUGCAAGGAGUUUCACCAGAUGAAGCAGACGGUGCUGCAGCUGAAGCAGAAGAUUGCCCUGCUCCCCAACAGUGCUGCCGACCUAGGCAAGUACAUCACUGGCAACAAGGUGCUGGCCUCAAACGCCUACCUUCCGGGACCCCCUGGGCUGCCUGGUGGCCAAGGCCCUCCUGGCUCACCAGGACCAAAGGGGAGCCCGGGUUUCCCCGGAAUGCCAGGCCCUCCUGGACAGCCCGGCCCACGGGGCUCAAUGGGACCCAUGGGACCAUCUCCCGAUCUGUCUCACAUUAAGCAAGGCCGGAGGGGCCCCGUGGGUCCGCCAGGUGCACCAGGAAGAGAUGGCUCUAAGGGAGAGAGAGGGGCACCUGGACCCAGAGGGUCGCCAGGACCCCCUGGUUCUUUCGACUUCCUGCUACUUAUGCUGGCUGACAUCCGCAAUGACAUCGCUGAGCUGCAGGAGAAAGUGUUUGGGCACCGGACACACUCUUCAGCAGAGGAGUUCCCUUUACCUCAGAAGUUUUCCAACUAUCCAGAAACCAUGGACUUCGGCUCUGGAGACGAGUACCCGAAAAGAACGGAGACAAGGGACUUGGGACCCACCAGAGACUUUUAUCCUUAGCACAUCCCAUCAUCCGUCACGCCAGAGGAGAGGAAAAGGAGUGUUUUCACCUGCAGUUAAAUCAUAUACAGAAAAAAAAAACCCACUGGAGACCCAGAAAAGAUACAUCUUUCAUCUCUUUACUCUUUUCCUGCCUUCUCCCUCCUGCUCUUCUUCCAAAUACUGUUCUCAGAGUCGCCUGCAAGAGACCUGAGGGAGUCAGUCACUAAUUUACACACUUCCCUCCGAGAGACAGUUAGGGGGGCAGAGGGCUGAGGGAUCCUACAUUUGAAGACUCCUUUUACUUCUUAUUUAGGAAUUUCUGGAUUUCUGAGUUAAGUGGCCCUCAUGGGGUCUUAAAGGUCCAAAAGGGGAAAAGUGGCAAGGUGAGCUCUGAGAAGAGGUGAGGUUACUUAUUAAAAAAAAAAAAAAAAGUAUGUGUCCAAACUAGACUACUAGUCAGUAUCAAAAUUAGGCUUCUUUAAUUAAAAGGGGGAAAACAACCAUGUAUAUCUGACCUUGGCAGAUAUUUUUUCCUUGUCAAUCUAAUGUAUUUUAAAUAGUCUAUCCUCCUGUCCAACUUUGUUUACCAAUUUUGAUUAAAGGAAGGAGGGAAAUGAGGAGGAGCAGGGAUUAGGGAAGAGGGAGAAAAAUUAUAGUCCUCUAUUUACUCUCCUGUAAAGUUGCCACAUUCUACAUUCAAAUAUGACUAUUAUGGGUUUGGGCCGUGUGGUUCUGUAAGUUUCCUAUUCAGAGAAGAGUGUUACUCUAGCUGUAGGAGUAAAUCCUCUUCUCAGAGCAAACGAAUGAAGUGCCCAGAUCCCCUCUAGAAUGACGGGCUCCUGGUUUGCCAGGACGGUUUAAAGCUACUUGAUCCCAUGAGUGGGCUCGCUCAGUAAAUCACCGAUGGUUAAAUAAGAGUGGUUGACACAUAGGGAGAUGCGCUGAAUGGCCUGGAUCUGCCUGGGUGCCCAGAAGGUGCCAUUAGGCCAUGAUCCUGGUUAGAUCAACGUGCACUGGAGGCUGGAAGGAGGCAGUCGGGGAGGGAGAAGCAGAGCCUGGGGCAGGUUCCCGAAGGACUCUGUAGAGGCAAGUCAAUCUGCUCUCCUUGGGAAUUGGAAGCCCUUGUCUGGGGCCAGCGGAGCUUGCCAACACAGAGAGUAUGCUCCACUGGAAGUUCUCUUGGAGGCAGACAGAAAUAACAAUUUUUCUUGGUUGCCAGAAAUUUCCUUCCCACUAUUCCCAUUUUUCCCCAGUUUUCCAUCAUUCAGUCCAAGUUUUCGUUCUCACAGGCCUUCUCCUGGAUCCUCCUUCCUCAGCAGAGGUGGGAAACAGCCGGGAGAGGCUUGUAUUCUCAAACUUCUGUUGAGUCUGUGGUUGCCCAUACACCUCUGGGUCCCAGAGGGGAGCAUAUUCCAGAAAAGACUUCCUCUGGUUCUGUAGAAACAGGACCAAGAGUAACCCCCGAAGAAAUGAGCAAGAGCAUCCACUCUUUUGGAAUAUUGUUGGGGAAUCUCUUGGUUUUGAUGGGGAUUGCACAGUUUUCCUUGAAUCCACAUUGGCAUCUGCCACCCAGAAAGGCAGCCACCUGUUCGGCAGCCCUCCCCUCUGUCUUGAGCCUCACGGAUGAUCAUUGUCACACUCAUGCUUGCUCAUGGUGGGGCUCCUCUUCCUCACCCUGCGGUUUCUCCCCAUAUUUCUGGGACAUGUGUGUUUACUUCUCUUUUUCCAUUUUGCCCGUCAUUUAACUCUCCUCCUGGGAAAGCUUGUUGAGGAGAGCCACUGUGGGUGAGCGUGUGCCACCUUUCAAUCUUCUUUCUCUAGAACCAGAGGAAGGACUUCUGUUUGUGAGUCUCCCAUGACAACAGCCUGCCGUCCCUUAUUGCCAUCAAGGUAGAAGCAUAGCCAGUCAGCCACUGGCUGGGUUUUUCGCAGACCCUUUGCUCCACUGUUUCUUCCUCUUGCAAAAUCCCCAGGGCCAGUCUGCCAGAAAGUCACAGGAACAAGCAAACGCAUUCUCAGCAUUCCUUUUCUAGCAUUUUCCCUCCACCUUCCGUCUCUCCAGAGUCCAGUCUUCACCGCAAAAGCUCUACCAACCUCGGGUUCACUGAGAGCUGAGCUAAGCAGCUGUUGAUUCCCAUCUGGAAUGCAUUUAACAUUGCCUGUUUGCAGAACACAAUAUUUAAAGGGUGUGGAUGGAUGAGUGCUAAAGAAAAUUAUUUACAGGCCUUAGGAGAAAUAAUUAGGUCCAUCUUUGAUUUUUUUUUUAAUGAGGAUUUGUGUUUAGAAAUACAAACUUCUUUAUUGUCACAUGCUCAUAAAAUGCAGCCAAACUGCAUGUUUGACCAGAGACUAGGAUAAUAUAUUUUAAAAGGAACUGAAGGAAGUAAUAUCUGGGAUUCAUGAGCCUAUUCUAUAUGCUAUUUUCCAGCAAAACAGAUAAUAACCUGUAUUAUAUACUUUCCAUCUGCUAGAUCAGGUCAGUUUAUAAUUGUUCAUCCCGAGAUUCUCAAACCUUGGACUGCUACCCAGGAACAAGUAGGUACCCUAUAAGCCCAGAUUAUACUUUUCGAAGAUAAGGCAAAAUCACUGUUAAUCCUCAUGUAUCUUUUAGUGACAGAUAGGACGUCAAAGCUCACUGUCUAAACAGUGCUUCUCAGAACCUAAUGGGGAAUAAAAUUUGCCACAGCUUUGCUAAGCUGCACCAUGUUUUAUGGGGAGAAAAAAGAUCUUUGCACAUCUCCUCAGCCCUUUAGCAGAAAUAUUGGCUUUCAUUUUUUUUCGCACCCUGAUAAAUAGAAUCUAAAAUAAGACCUCAUAAUUGCUCUUUUUUUUUUUUUUAGAAAGCUGUGGGAAUAAAAAAUAUGCUAUUGAAAAUAGUGCAAGGAGGGCAUCCGUUUUCGUUUAGGAAAAUCCUCCUCCAUCCCCAUUUCCAGAAGGAGAAAUUAUAAGCUUUACUAUGCCAAAAAGUUUGGGGGUACAAAGGGAAUGCUGUCUUCUUGGUCCUGUGUUCAUUCCAACACCCGCCACUGAGUGAACUGACCGGCUGAAGUCAUUUCUACUGUAUAAACGUAGGCCCAUAGCCUAACAGGUACACAUAACAAAUGUGCAUUGGCACGGGGGCAGGGGUAUUACCCCACCAAACACCAGGUGAAGGGCACCCUGGCUCUGAUCAUACUUCCCUCUCCAGGAUUCACAACUACUCUUUGCCUUAUGAUGGCUUUCUCCAGGCAGGCAGGGAAGAUCAUCGCCGUGACUAGGCACCAGGCAUCUCCUUGCACCGAGAGCAAAUUCCUUGUCAUACUUUGGGCAUCCCUCCCCCUCUCCCCAAAGGCUGGCCUGUCACAGAGAGACAGCAGCCUCAUUGUGCAACCUUGACAUCUUUCAGAUAACCUUCCUGAAGAGGAAAUUUAUUCAUAGGAAUCCAGGCCAAACAACUAAUAGAAUAGAGCCAUCUCAAGUUAUUAAUAAUAAAUUCAGGGAAAGAGAUGAAGUUUUUCCUGGCAUGCUCAGCGUGUAUAUUUCCCAACAAAUCAAAAAAUAAUUUUCCAUUUGAAGCAAAAAAAAAAAAAAAACAUGACUGGAAUUGUUAAAGCAUAAAAUCUUAUACUUCACUAGUUCCUUCAAAAAAAAAAAUGACGGCUUUAGGGAAGGCAUAGACGAAAGAGCCUUUUACACAUCCCCCAGAGACCCUCAGCAUUCUUUAUGAGAUCCCGAAAGCAUGUGCCCUAGAGGAUUCUGUGUGUGUCACGACUGUUAUUUUGCAGCGACUUGUCCUAUACUGAAGUAGCUGGGUUCAUUAUUUAUAACAGGUCCAUAUCACAGUUGAGCUAAUAUUCAAACAGUUAUGGAUGUGAUACUAUGAAGUACUUUUGAUGAGAUUAUAUAUGCUUAAUAACAAAGUUAUUUUUCUUA